CCUCGUCUCGAUGCCCCCCUCGGUCCCGGACUGGCCUCUACAUGGGCCGCGGGGGCAGCGGAGGCGCUGCCGGCUGCGCAGGGAGAUCCAAAGGCCAUCAUGGACCUCCUGAAAUCCAGCCGGUUAAAGCUGCUGGUUCUGCUGCCCCUCGCUCUGUGCGGGAUCCAUCAAACCUAUGCCGGCGAUUGUAAGGGGCGCCGCGAGGUGCUACGCAGCGCUUCUGGCUACGUGACGGACGGACCUGGCAACUACUCAGUCAACGGCAACUGCGAAUGGCUGGUGGAGGCUCCUAGCAGCAGCUACCGCAUCCUCUUGACCUUCAUGUUUAUGGACACGGAAUGCACGUAUGACUACCUCUUCAUUUAUGACGGAGAUUCUCCCAGCAGCCCUUUGCUGGCCAGCCUGAGUGGCAGCACGUUGCCCCCCACCAUUGAGGCCACCUCUGGCAAGAUGCUGUUACACCUCUUCAGUGAUGCCAACUACAACCUGCUGGGCUUCAAUGCUACUUACUCCGUCUCGCUGUGUCCCAUGGGCUGCUUGGGGCACGGCAUUUGCGAUAACGACGGGCGUUGUGUUUGCUUCCAAGGCUGGGGUGGCAGGGACUGUUCGAUGCCCGACUGCACCACGUAUUGCCAGAAUCAUGGCACCUGUAACCAGGUGUCAAAGCAUUGCCAGUGUGAACCGGGAUUUGUGGGCCAGGCUUGUGAUUUAGCCCUGAGCGACAACCAAGGGGCAGGGAAGUGGUAUAACGUCAGCAUCCGAGAUUCCAGUUUCUGGGCCCGUACAGCAGCUGCUGGUGCUUUCCUGUCUUCUACUGGGGGGCUGUACAUUUUUGGAGGCUUAGAUCUAAACACCGCUUUGGGAGACCUUGUCUUCUAUAACUUCACCACCAAUACUUGGCAUCAGAGAGUGCUUAGCCCUUCCCCAACUGCUCGUCACUCCCACACAGCUGUGGCCUGGGAGGGCUCCCUGAUUCUGUUUGGUGGGGAGCUGUCCACUGGUUUUCUGGCCAAUGAUGUCUGGAUGUAUCUGCCCCGGGAGGGCUAUUGGCAAGAGCUGGUGCCCCUCAACACAACAAUUCCUCCCGAGUUGGCCGGUCACGCCUCUGCGGUGGUCGAUGAAUGGCUGUAUGUAUUUGGAGGGCGCACCGGGGUGGAUGUCUUCUCCUCCCACAUGUACCGCUUCCACCUGAAACGAUGGACCUGGGAGCUGGUGAUUCCUUCAGGAGGGAAGGCGCCUGCAGCAGCCGGUCAUUCCAUGGUCUUCCACCCUGCUUCCCGUACUCUCUUGGUUUAUGGUGGGCACCGGCCUUCCACCGCUCGGUUCAGCGUGCGAGUGAACACGACCGACCUCUUCCACGUGGAUUUGCGUUACUGGAGUACGUUGCGGGCCAAAGAUUCGCACCGGGGGCCUCGCGAAAGGGCCUUCCACUCGGCCACAGUCAUUGGCAAUUACAUGGUGGUGUAUGGGGGCAACGUUCACAUCCAUUACCACGAAGAGAAAUGUUACGAGGACGAAAUAUUUUUCUACCACCUGGGGUGCCACCAGUGGGUCUCUAGCCACGAACUGGCACCUCUCAUCACUCAAGAGCACGAAUCAAAAACUUCGGCCCAGGCGCGUGGCCGGUAUUCCCACGUGGCCACUGUGAUGAAUGGAAACGUGCUCCUCGUGGCGGGAGGCUACAGCGGAGUGCCACGGGGUGACCUGCUAGCUUAUAAAGUGCCCACCUUCGUCUUUCAGGUGCCAUCUCAGAUGUACCAUCUGGAUUACUGCUCUAUUUACACGGAAAAAAGCACAUGUGCCAAGGACCCAGAAUGUGCCUGGUGCUCCCGAGGAUGCCAGAGCACUCAGCCUCGUAACCUUUGCCCCAACAGUGGCUGUCUGGGCUUGGCCCGCCUCUUAGUCGACUGCCAAUCUUGCCUCGCCUUUGGUGACACCAACGGUUCUCUGCCCCGAGCUUCCGGUCCCUUUGGCUGGUGUGUGCAAAACGAGACUUGCAUGCCCAUCUCAGAACAGGGCAGAUGCCAAGUGGGGAAGAUUUCAGGAACCUACGGCUGGUGGGGGCCGCAGUCCUUCUUCAUCACCUCCCUGGCCCAAUGUCAGCGCGAAGAUUUCUUGCCCGGCCUUCAUCUGAUUACCUACCAGCAGCCACGCAAUGACUCCCAGCCGGACAAGGUCUCCAUCGUCCGAAGCACCACCAUCACCCUGAAUCCCAGCACAGAGAUGGACGUCUCGCUGGUCUACAAGGGAUUCAUUCACCCCCUGGUGAGCAGCUCUGGACCUGCGGAAGACAUCUCCAUCUGGGCACGCAUCCAGCGCCUCUUUGUGGUGGCGAAAUUAGGCAGAACCCCGGGCGCAUCGGAGCUGGAGAAAGUGGGCAGCUGGGCAGUGCAGCAGGAAAAAGAGAAACGGCUGCUCCAGCGUCCUGGGGCCGAACGCCUUUUUCCCAGCACGGAGAGAGGGAAUAAGUACGCGGUGCUGGUUGAAGGCCACCUCAACAACUCUGGCAACGGGCAAACGAGCGAAUUGACCCUCACGUGGGAUCGCACAGGCGUGCCAGGAGGCAGCGAAAUCUCCUAUUUUUUUCUGGAACCCUUUCGAUCUGAGCUGUGUGCCACUUAUCAUUCCUGUCUUGCUUGCCUGGCCGACCAGGGCUGCGGGUGGUGCCCGCUCAGCUCCACCUGCCAUCGGCGACUGGCCUAUCAGGAUGACGUGGGCGGCUGCGGUCCCAGCACCGUGCGCCUCAUCCUGGUGCCCAGCAACUGCAUCUUGUGUGAAGACUACCGCGACUGCCACACCUGUAGCAAGGAUCCGUUUUGCGAAUGGCAAGUCAACAGCAGUAAAAAAGGAGAUUUUCUUUGCAGUCGCCGAGGCCGCCUUAACACGGCCAUUCGCUCGCCCAAGGAAUGCCCCAAACUCUGCAAUCAGCGUACCACGUGUUCUGAGUGCCUCUCCAAUUCCAGCCAGUGCGCCUGGUGCCAAUCAACACGGAACUGCUUCUACUUUGCGGCCUACCUGGCUAAAUACCCCUACGGGGAUUGCCGUGGGUGGUAUGACAGUGUUCACUCUGUGCCCCAAUGCCUGGACUGCACCCGCUUCAACACUUGUCGCGAAUGUUUGCAAAACUUUGAAUGCGGCUGGUGUGGCAACUCCGACAACCCUACCUUGGGCAGGUGCCUCCCGGGAGAUUUCUCGGGCCUCAGCACCUUCUCAAACUGCUCGGUGGCCCUGUGGGAAUCCCACGGACUGCCUCCCUCCCACCCUGCUCAGUGGUCGUACGGGCAAUGCCCCGACGUGGAUGAAUGCCGCCUGGGCUUGGCCAACUGCCAUCCUUUCGCCCGGUGCAAGAACACGCCGGAUUCCUUUCAGUGUCACUGCAACCGAGGCUACGCAGGAGACGGGGUGGCCUUCUGCAAUCAAACGUGCUACGACGAGUGCGCCCACGGAGAAUGCAGCGGAGGCCCCAACUUCACCUGUUUGUGCGAACUAGGCUGGACCACCGAACUCAUCACGGGGGCCACCCCUCCGCCUAGCGGAGUUCAGUGCAACCUGGAUUGCGGGUGUCACUUCCACAGCACCUGUGACGUCAAGGGCCCCGGUUUUUGCGACGAAUGCCAGAACUGGACUCAUGGGGAACGCUGCCACCUUUGCCGGCCAGGCAGCUAUGGGAAUGCCACCACGCAGAGCGGCUGCCGCCAGUGCGCUUGCCACGAGCAUGGCCUGGAGGAGAUGGGCUAUUGCCACAGUGCCACGGGAGCCUGUUACUGCACCCCGCCCACCGAAGGGCUGCAUUGUGAGCGCUGUGCCCCUGGCUACUCGGGAGACCCCAGAAAUGGCGGCAUUUGCUAUCAGGAAUGCGUGGGGCGCACUUUGCUCCUCAACCUCUCCUCCUCUUCCUCCCUGAGCUCUCAGCGGGCUGGGGGCCCCUUCUCCAACGGGCUCUCCUACUGCGUCUGGGUCUUGUCAACCGGUGGGGACAUUCAACCUUGCCACCCCGAAGAAAGCUGUCCAACAAUCACACUCACUAUUCAGCCGGAUACCCUCUGCAUGCACAACUAUAUCUACGUUUUUGAUGGCGUCCCUGACUUCCUGGACACAGGACUGAUCCAGCUGGAUCGGACUCUCAUCGGGGCGUUCUGCGGCCAGGGUCAUCCCCGUCCCGUUACCGUCGAAGCUGUAUCAGGCCUCCUGGUCAUCUACUACGAAGCCAACUCCAGCGAGGCCUCAGGCUUCAACGCAACCUACCUGGUGCACCGUUGCCGGCCCAGCUGCCACGCCAACCAGGAAUGCCAGCAGGGCCAUUGUGUUUGCAGGCCUGGCUACACCGGGCCCAGCUGCAAGUUCCAGAUCUGUCCCGGCAACUGCAGUGCUCACGCGGGGCAAGGACUUUGCGACCGGAGGCUGGGCCUGUGUAUCUGUAGCCAUCGCUUUGCUGGGGCGGAUUGCACCAUCCCACUCGAGGCUGACAAGAUCAUUUGGGAAACUUUAAUUGACACUCAGCUGACCGCUGACACAGCCAGCCGCUUCCUCCACCGUUUAGGCCACACCAUGGUGGAAGGGCCUGACUCCACGCUCUGGAUGUUUGGAGGCAUGUCGUUGCGCGAAGGCAUGCUGGGUAACGUGUACAGGUACGCCAUCGCCGAACGGCGCUGGACUCAGAUGCUGGCAGGAACAGAGGACCGAGGGCCAGGCCCCAACCCCCGGUACUUCCACGCGGCGGCCUACAUCUCCCCAGGCAAAGCAAUGUACGUCCUCGGUGGGCUGACGGCGGACGGAGUGGCCAGCGAUUUCUGGCUGCUCAACCUCACCACUUUGCAAUGGAGGCUACUGCCGGACCCUCUGAUCCCAGCCGUAGCUGGUCACACCCUCACGGCGCGGCGCGGCUCAUCCUUGCUUCUGAUUGGCGGCUACUCUCCCGAGAACGGCUUCAACAAGAAGCUGCUGGAAUAUAACGUGGCAUCAGAGAGCUGGCACGCCGGGAACCAGGCAGGGACACCUCCGACAGGUCUCUACGGCCACUCGGCUGUUUACCACGAGAGCACAGAUGCUGUUUACGUCUUCGGCGGCCACCGUUUCCACGUGGAGAUGGUUUCAGCUUCUCCUGAGCUCUACAGCCUUUACUAUCCCAACCUGACCUGGAGUUUACUGGCUCCAUCCCAAGGACCGAAGCCCCUGGCCCAUUUCUUCCACGUGGCAGCCGUGCUGAAGGACACCAUGGUGGUCAUAGGAGGGCGGACCGAACGGGAGAAUUUCACCAACCACGUUUUCUUCUACCAGCUGAAUUGCAAUACCUGGAUCCUUCCCAACAUCACAGCCGGGGCUGUGGUGGGGGAGCCCAUCACCGAAUCCAUCGCCCACGCCAUGGCUUCCACGGGAGGCCGCCUCUUCCUCUCCGGGGGCUUCAACGGGGUGGCCCUGGGGCGCAUGCUGGCCCUCUCGGUGCCCCACGAUCCCUGCCUGAUCUUCUCCAGCCCGGAAGCUUGCAACGGCUCGAACGCCAGCUGCGUCUGGUGCCACGCCAGCUGCGUCUCUGCGGAUGCGGCUGAAAGGCAAGGCUGCUCCUUCAGCGGGAUCUCCUGCUUUCCCACCCCACGGUCUCCGGACGAGUGUCGCCGGCUGAGAACUUGUAGCGAGUGUCUCGCCCAACAUCCUCGCGCCAUGGCCCACAGCCUGGGUAUUCCCCCUUUGCCGCAGUGUAAAUGGUGCACCAACUGCCCCGAGGGUGCAUGUAUCGGCAGCACCGGCAGCUGCACGUCGGAGAACGACUGCCGUAUCAACCAGCGGGAGAUCUUCGUGGCCAGCAACUGCUCGGAGAUCUCCUGCGAGGCCUCCGACUGCGCCAAGUGUACGGCGUCCGGGAAGUGCAUGUGGACGAGGCAAUUCAAGCGCACCGGGGAGACCCGACGCAUUCUCAGUGUGCAGCCCACGUAUGACUGGACUUGCUUCAGCCACUCGCUCCUCAACGUCUCCCCGAUGCCUGUGGAGUCCUCGCCCCCCCUGGCCUGCCCCACACCGUGUCACAACCACAGCACUUGUGGGGACUGCCUCAGCUCCAAGGGGGCGGAUGGGGGCUGGCAGCAGUGCGUCUGGAGUGUCAGCCUGCAGCAGUGUAUGAGUCCAACUUACCUACCGAUGCGCUGCGCGGCCGGGAUGUGUGGCCGGGUGCUGAGCGGGUCGGAGAGCUGCGCUCCAUCCUGUUCCCAUUUCCAGCAGUGCGCUCUCUGCAUCCAGCAGCCUCGGUGUGGCUGGUGCAGCUUCCGGGGAGAGAAUGGCCAAGGGCGUUGCCUGGAGGGCGGGCGGAGUGGCCCUCGCCAUGGGCUGGUGGAAUUGUGCGGCCUGAAUGCAGACUGGGCGUUUAUGUCGUGCCCGCCCGAAAACGAAUGCCUGAACGGGCACCACGACUGCAACGAGACCCAGAAUUGCAGCGACCUGCCCCACAGCUACAAAUGCACCUGCAAAAAUGGCUACACCCUGGACAACAUUACAGGACUCUGCAAACCGGUGUGCGAGCAAGGCUGUGUGAACGGGACCUGCGUGGAACCCAAUGCGUGCCAGUGCCAUUUUGGCUACGUGGGUCAGAAUUGCUCGGUGGAAUGUCAGUGUAACAAGCACAGCAAUUGCCGGGGCGUGGGGGCCCAAGAUCAGUGCCUGCAGUGUUUCAACAACACCAUGGGACCACACUGUGAAAAAUGCCAGCCGCUCUUCGUCGGGUCGGCCCUGAACGGCGGCUCCUGCCGUCCCUGCCACGUUUUUUGCCGAGGGAACAGCAACAUGUGCAUCACACGGGAAGAAUACAAGCGAGCCCAACAGGAUCCGGUCCGCUUCCUCCUGGAGCCGGCCUUGAUCCCCACUUGGGUGACCGAAGGGCCUGCCGAGGACGCGGCGGUGUGUGUGAACUGCCAGAACAACAGCUUUGGAGACAAGUGUGAGAGCUGCCUACAUGGCUACUUCCUGCUGGAGGGCAAAUGUACCAAGUGCCAAUGUAACGGCCAUGCCGACUAUUGCCACGAACUGGAUGGGACCGGCUGCCCGUGUCAAAACAACACUGAAACCGGAGGCUGCCAAAACAGCGCCCAGGCUGACAAAAAGGACUGCUACAAACAACAGUGCGCCAAAUGCCGGGAAUUCUUCCACGGGAAUCCGGUGGGUGGCCACCAGUGCUACCGGCUGAUCAUCGUCGAUCAGGAGAGCUGCUUCGACCCGACGUCCCAACUCAACUGCUUUCACGAGCCGAACAUUAAGAACUUGCUCUUUGGACGCUCGGUUUUUUUCGGCGUCCAGCCCAAAUUUACCAACGUGGACAUCCGCAUCACCAUCGACGUGACCUUCGGUGGAGUGGACGUCUACAUCUCUACCUCCUACGAAACGUUUGUGGUGGACGUCGACCGGGCGACGGGCAUCCACUUGGUGAGGAUCGUCCCCUCGGGGGAAGAAACGCCGGUGCGCAGCAACGUGAGCCAGUCCUCCCCGCUGGUACGAGAGGCGCAGGCGCACGGCUUGAUCACCUACAUCACCGUGAGGGAGCAGCAGGGGGUGCUAAUCGUGCGGGGUGUCCGCGAUCGGGUGGUCAUCACUUACCCGCACGAGAUCCACGCUCUGAAAUCCAGCCGCUUUUACGUCAUCUUGCUGGGAAUCGGCGGCAGCAGCCCGAACGUCACCGAGUCUCAGGGCCUGCUCUUUUUCCGCCAGGACCAGGCGCACAUCGACCUCUUCGUCUUCUUCUCCGUCUUCUUCUCCUGCUUCUUCCUCUUCCUCUCCGUCUGCGUCUUGCUUUGGAAAAUCAAGCAGUUCCUGGACUUGAGACACGAGCAACGGCGCCACUUGCAGGAAAUGACCAAGAUGGCCAGCCGGCCUUUCGCCAAAGUGACCAUUUACUUCGAGCCGGAUAAUUUGGGGGCACCGGCCGAGUUGGUUUUCCUCCCCGCUCGCCCACACAAACUCCCAUCCUUGGCAGCGGCCCAGCCCCUUCCCAGCCGCUUGAAACCCUAUCACGAGGUCCCUUAUCCCGUGGCCCACUUCCGCCGCUCGGAGCCCUUCCUGUCUCAUCUCAUGGGCUACUCGUACUCCAGCUUCCGGGUGGGGCCGAUCACUUUGGAGCCCACGGACGAUGGCAUGGCCGGUGUGGCUACUGUCCUCUUCCAGCUACCGGGUGGGCUGCAGGCCCCCAACCGGGCUUGCCUUGGCUCUGCUCUCGUCACCCUGCGCCACAAUCUCCAGGACUACUGCAGCAGCAGCCACGGCAUGAGCAGCUCGCGCAAAGGACUGCUCAGCCACGAGAACCUGACGAGCAUGUCCCUAUGAGUUAGUGGAGAACUCCGCCCUGCUGGGGCUGAGAGGGGCUUCAGCAAUCUGCCUGGUGGAGGGGCUGAGAAGGGCAAGAACCUUCAGGAGAACAGGCGUGCAAAAUUUCUGCGGCUCGUAUGCCGUCGCUACAGACUUUACGGCCAGCUGGAGAUGCGGCCACCAAACGGAAAAGCCAGAGAUGCUCUCCGGGGCUUGUGUGCGCCUGCUCUGCUGCCCUCCUGCUUGGGAGGGUCCUCGGGCCAACUCAGUAUGAAUGGAUGGCAUCGGCCGCAGGGGUCUCGAACCUGGGUGACUUUCCGACUGGUGGACUUCAACUCCCAGAAUUACAAGGCACAGUUUAAAAAAAAAAAUAUUGUUUGUGGACUUCAACUCCCGGCUGGCUGAGGAAUUUGGGGAGCUGAAGCCCACAAGUCGGAAAGUCGCCAAGGUUCGAGACCCUUGGUAUAGGGGGAGCAUGCAGGGUGGCCCUUAGCCUAGCUCUUAAUGCCUGUGUUUCCCCAACACACUCAACCGAGUCCUAGUGUCUGCGUUGGUCCCACAUGUUCAGCUUGGUUAGUACUCACUGGUAGCUCUUCUGUGUCUUCAUACGUGUGAACCCCCACCCCUCUGUUUAGCUGAUGUUUCCAUACAGGUUGGAAACCCCGAGGACAAAAUCCACCAAGCAGACUGUGCUCGAGCUCCGGGUCAGACUUGUCCAAAAGUGAGUGUAGAGAUGGAGGAAGGACGGAGUUUUCCCUUGAUUGUUCACAGCCUUGCUUUUCCACCGCUGUGUAGAGAAUCUACUAGAUCUCAAGUUGCUUGCUUUCUACCCAGUGUUGCUGCAGAUCGGCCAGGACUAUCAGCCGUCCCACUCCGCGGACACCCCAAAAUCCCGAAUCACUGUUAAACGUAGUUGGCUGACAAUACUUCUCUUGGGAUCAGAAGUUCGAGAAGGAGUAAAGUUGGUUUGGAAUGAAUCAUUGUCAAUCUGGAGCGUGGAAAAGCAGCUACAAUCUCCUGAACAAAUCGGGGGGGAAAGCACGUUAGGCAAUUUUUCCGCCGGGCCUGUGGUUUUGUUAACACGAAUGAGCUUUUGCGUUGAUAGCGAUCUCCCUUGCAAAAUGGUGAGAAGAAGCAGACGGUGUCCCUUUGAUGCCUGGGAGAUAAUUGUGCUUGCGGUUGUGCGUAGCCUCUUGAUCUUGAAGGGCUGGUUUGUCGCGAUGCCGGGCGAGUUGCCGCGUGGUGAUUAAAAGUCGUUAAUCCCCUGCUGGAUGGGAGCGAACGAAUGGAAA